CGCUCGGUGUCGCACGCCUGCCCCGUGCGUCGUUGAUUGUAAAUAAACCGGCGGACCGCGGACGACCCCCGGCCAUCCCAUCCAUCCGUCUCACCGAUUCAGUAGCCAGCCGUCGCGUUUCCAUUCGCAAACGCCAAAUAUGGUAGAGUGAUUCAGUGAUAUUAGACGGGGACCUUUUUUUUUUCCCUCCGAUUCACGGCCAGUUCGCCGCGCCGUUCAGCCGUUGUCCGCGCCGCUUAAUAUCGCCUUCUCCCCCCGCGCCGCGCUGUCGAGACGACGACGACGUUCCGGUUAUCUUGUCCGUCUGUAAUAUUUAUUUGAUUUUUUUUUUUCUCCGUCAGCGCACAUUUACACUAUAAUAAUUAUUAUUAAUUGUCGUGUGCGAUUCGGCUGAUCGACGAUAUCUCGCGAACUUUGGUACUUUUCAACAAAAUAAUACAUUAUUCCCGUCCGCUUAGCACACUCGCACCGCCGCCGCCGCCGCCGCCACACGCACACACUCGCGCGAUAUAAUAUACAUAUUAUAUAUUUGGCUGGACCGUCGGAGCUCCGUGAGCAGUUUCCGAGAUAACGCCGGGAAAAAAUAUCAAACAUACAGAUUAUACUCGGAAGAGAAAUUCCCGUUGCAUGAGUCACCGAGAUGUCUUUUAAAGUAAGAAGUAGUAAGUUUCGUCAUGUUUACGGCACAGCUCUAAAACGUGAAUAUUGUUAUGACAAUAUUCGAGUAUCCAAAUCUUCGUGGGAUUCCACAUUUUGUGCAGUGAAUCCUAAAUUUGUGGCCUGUAUUGUUGAAUCAGCUGGUGGAGGUGCUUUUAUUGUUUUACCUCUUUCAAAGACUGGUCGAUUACCCGCUGAUCAACCUGUAGUUGGUGGUCAUAAAGGUCCAGUGUUAGACAUUUCAUGGUGUCCGCAUAAUGAUAAUGUAAUUGCUAGCGGUUCUGAAGAUUGUGUGGUAAAGGUUUGGCAAAUUCCCGACGGUGGAAUUUCACGAACAUUAACUGAGUCAGUAGUAGAUUUAAUUUAUCACCAAAGGAGAGUUGGUCUGGUUUUAUGGCACCCAACAGCUCGAAAUAUUUUGUUAUCUGCUGGAUCUGAUAAUCAAGUAGUAAUCUGGAAUGUUGGUGUUGGUGAACCACUUAUUCAUAUCGAUUGCCACCCAGAUAUUGUAUUUAGUGCUUCAUGGAAUUUUGAUGGAUCACAAUUAUUGACAACAUGUAAAGAUAAAAAGCUUAGGCUUAUUAAUCCUAGAAGUGGGGAAAUUGAGCAGGAAGUAAUAUGUCAUGAAGGUAGCAAAGCAUCCCGAGGUAUAUUUUUAAAAGGCGGCCUUAUAUUUACAACUGGUUUUAGUAAACUUUCUGAAAGACAGUAUUCAUUGAGAUCUCCUGAAAAACUAGACGAUCCUAUUGUUAUGGUUGAAUUAGAUACAAGCAAUGGAGUUAUGUUUCCACUGUAUGAUCCUGAUACUAGUAUGAUUUACUUGUGUGGCAAGGGUGAUAGUGUUAUUCGAUAUUUUGAAAUUACUGCGGAGCAUCCAUUUGUCCAUUACAUUAAUACGUUCCAAACACCAGAUCCUCAACGAGGAAUUGGUAUGAUGCCGAAACGUGGUUGUGAUGUAUCCAUUUGUGAAAUAUCAAAGUUUUAUCGUUUAAAUAAUUCUGGACUCUGUCAAGCAAUCAGCAUGACUGUUCCAAGAAAGUCAGAGUUAUUUCAAGAAGAUUUAUACCCGGAUACUAUAGGAGAUAUUCCUGCAAUAGACGCUGAAGAUUGGUUUAAUGGUCAAGAUGCUGAACCUAUCCUGAUAUCGUUAAAAGAUUAUCAUCAGCCAACACGAUUGCCUACUGCUUCUGAAAUGAAGGUUGCUAAAAAGCCAAAUAUAUUAGAUAAACCAUCAGCGAAUAAAACAGUCAAGUCCAGUUCAAACAAUACAACCGCAGCACCACCUGUAGCUAAACCAUCAUUUAUUCAGCCACAGCAAUCAAUUCCAGAUGAUAUUGUGAAAGAAUUUAAAGAGGAAAUUCGGAAGUUAAAAGCCAUGAUCGUAAAACAUGAAAAUCGUAUUAGGGCUUUAGAAGCUCGAGCAGCUGAGGAUACUACUGAUACAGCCAAAGAUGGGGGCGAUUCUCUUGUUCUUAAAAAUAAUGACCAGAAUGAUGUGGAAACCAAAGAUAAUGAUACGGAACACGUGGAUACUAAUGAAGACGAUGACUAAUUGUAUGGUACAAACAUUUUUUUUUAACAAUUAUAAGGAACUUUGAGAUAAACUCGGUGUAUUCCGGUUAUAUUUGCUCUAUUUAUGACAACAUACAUUAUUUAAUUACAAAAUAACAUGCUCAAAGUGGUUACAAUUCUACUUUUCUCUAGUCUUCAGUGUGUGUUUUUAAAAAAAUUAUUAUCGAUAUAAUAUAUUAAGUUAUGUUCCUCUUUUUCCCUCAAUUUGUAAUUGUCCUUUAAUUUAUAAUGAGUUAUAUUAUUAUUUUUAUUCUUUCAGCACUUUUUAUUAACACACAGAGUUAAUUUGUUAAAUUCAUAUUGAAUAGUUUGAAUAGUUGUGCCCAACUAAAAAUAAUAUUAAUUAAAUUCUGUUUGUUUGGUUGAGUUGAUCAGCUACGCAUAAAUAUAAUUUUUUUUAAAUCUAGAUUAUUGGUUUUGGAACUUUCAAUUAUGUGGUUAUAAACAGUUAUGUUAAAUACAAAACAAUAUUAAAUUUCUAUCUGGAUCAUAUAAUUAAAAAUGUGCUUCCAAACAAAUUUAACUACUCCACGAAUCUCUAGUCCUUUAUUGAGCAUUACAAUAAAUAUUGGAUACAAUAUAUUAUUGCAAAUAAAUAAUUGCUGGUUUGAAUACAAAAAGUGUUACAUGAAACUAUAACAAUGUUUUGUGCUGAUAGAAUUUAAAAUGAUUUAUGUAACUUUAAUAAUAGAGACAAUUUUGACUGUAAAUUAUAAACAUUGUUUAAUUUAAAAAAAAAACCAUUUAUUUAUAAGAUAAUAUAACUAAGUGCUUGUAUAAAACAAAUUCUGAAAAAUUAUUGCAUUAAAUAUGAUACACUUAUUAAUUGUUUUUAAUAAGAAUUUUUUAUUAAAUUAAUAUAUAUUUUACAUUUAACAACGAAAUUUAAUUAUUUUGCUAUAGCUUAUAAUACAUUUGUUUAUUAUAAGAUAGUAACCCAAUUAUUAUUUUAGUUUUAAUUCUGCCAGUAAUAUAAUAUAAAAUACAAUAAUUAAAAAAUUAUUUGUAUGGAUAUCCCGAGUAUAGAUUGUUCUAUUGAAUUUUUAAACAUAAUAUAUUUAUUAAAAUAUCUAACAUUACUCAUAUCUAUUACCAACCAUUACAGUUAGAAAUCUUAAUAAAUAACUAUUAAAAUGUUUAAAUAUUAUUUGGUAAAAAAAUAAAAAAAUAAACAUUUACAUAAAGUCAUAACAAUAAUUUACAAUAUCAUUGGAAUGUUCUUGUAUUAAUUUACAUUUUUUUCGUCCUAUUAUGCAUUUAAUAUUUUUAAUUUUAUAAAUUGCAUUAUUAAUAAGUUAACAUUCAGACACAAUAUUAAUAUGUGGUACAAUUGUAGACUGUAGUUAUUGCAUACUAUUAUCAUGGAAAGUCUUAACAAAAAUUCACUUGUUAUUUAAAGCAUUAAUACAACAAUUUGUGUUGCAUUUUUUUUAUAAUAGAGUAUAUACCAAAUUAUUAAUUUUCUUUCAACAAAAUGCUUUGUAUUAAAAAAAAAAAAAAACAGUACAACUUUUUAUGAUGAACAGGGUGCUUAUGCGAAUUUGAAUAUAAAUAAAAUUACAUAUUUAUAAAAAAAAAACUCAAGUGCCAAUUUUAUAUAAUUUAACUUUCAUUAUUUCAAAUUUUGUAAUAAUCAGUUGUAUAAUACAAAUGCUCAACCUGUUUUGUGAUUCCCAUAAAUACUUCCAUGAAAAUGCAAUUAUUACUUCAGUAACUUUAUCUCAUAUAUCUUUUACCAUACUGAGCAUCACAUUAUUGUGUUAAGAUAAUUUCAGAGUUAAUGCGAUAGAAAUAAAACUGUAGCUUCUGUCAUUUAUAAUUUUUUUAAUUCAUAUGUAAAUAUAUUAUACUUUUUAAUACAUUUGUUAUCUAUUUUUAUACAUUUCUGUAAUACGUUUGUCAUUUGAAUGUAUUAUUAUUAUUAUUAUUAUUAUUAUUAUUAUUAUUACUAUUUAAACUAUUAGUUAAUGGCUAUUUAAAUGUCAUGCAACUUUAUAUACGAGUACAUCUGAACAAGGAUAAUGCGCUUUUUUUAAUCCAAAUAUUUUAACCAUAACUUCUUCCCUUACGUCUUACCUAUUGUCAACAGAUUGAAUUUAAAAUACCUUAAGUAUAGUUGAAAAGUAUUGUAUUUUGUUAUGAUAAUAAUAUACAUUGUAUUUUGUACUCUUUUCUUAUGUAUAACAUUAAACAUAUAUUAUAUUAUGUAUAUAUAUUAUACACCUGUUUGUAUAAUAUUAGAUUAAAUAAUUUUGUGUGUUGAUGUGUGUGAUCAGAUAAUGAACAGAGUGUAUUAAACUUUUUGAAAACAAAUUGUAAAACGGAUUGAAUUUUCACUAUUUAUUUAUUUGUAUUGUUUUGUUGAAUAUAUAAAUAUGUUCAGUGAUGUGCCAUUUACACACAGUAGUUGUGUAUUUUUUUGAUAAAUGACAAAUGAUAAU